AUAGAGGCAGCGUUAACUGCUGCUCCAGGGCUGCAUGCAGCAGUCUGGCCUGGGGCUGAGAGGGAGCAGGAGAGAGGGAGGGGUAGCUCAUAGGAGGAGGACAGGACUUGAAGGGAGAAAGAGGAGAGACGGGGUAAGAAGAGGGGAGAAACAGAUGACAGUGAGCGGAGCAUAGUAGGCCGGUUGACUGGAUGUAUCGUCGAGAAGCUAGGAGAAACUGUCAGACUGCAGCUGGUCUAUAAAAGGGAGGAAAGGGGCGGGGUUAUAAUUUGAGAGGGCCUGACAGAUCGGGCUAUAGUGUCACUACUCUACUCAGCACUAAGAUGUCAUGGCGUCCGACAUACCGAAGCUCCAAGUUUCAGAAACGUACUGUCUUUACUAAAGUGGCCAACCGGGAGCACUGCUUUGACGGCAUUCCCAUCACCAAGAACGUCCAUGACAACCACUUCUGUGCCGUCAAUGCCAAGUUCCUGGCCAUCGUCACGGAGAGUGCCGGUGGAGGGUCCUUUAUAGUUAUCCCUGUCUCCCAGGCGGGCCGCAUCGACCCCCACCACCCCAAAGUGUGUGGCCACCAAGGCAAUGUCCUGGACAUCAAAUGGAAUCCCUUCUUUGAAAACAUCAUAGCUUCCUGCUCUGAAGAUUCCUCUGUACGAGUAUGGGAGAUCCCAGAGGGAGGGCUGAGGCGGAAUAUGACAGAGGCCAUGAUGGAGCUGUAUGGACACAGCAGGCGUGUGGGCCUCAUCGAGUGGCACCCCACCAGCAGUGGAAUCCUCUUCAGUGCUGGCUAUGACUAUAAGAUCCUGAUCUGGAACCUGGAGAUAGGUGAGCCGGUGAAGAUGAUCGACUGUCACUCUGACGUCAUCGUGUGCAUGUCCUUCAACACAGACGGCAGCCUGCUGGCCACCAGCUGUAAAGACAAGAAGCUGCGUGUCAUCGAGCCACGCUCCGGGAGAGUCUUACAGCACGCCAGCUGUAAGAACCACAGGGUGAACAGAGUGGUGUUUCUGGGCAACAUGAAGAGGCUGCUGACGACAGGUGUGUCCCGGUGGAACACCAGACAGAUUGCACUGUUGGAUCAGGAGGACCUGUCUAUGCCCAUGGUAGAAGAGGAGAUAGACGGUCUCUCAGGGCUGCUGUUUCCUUUCUAUGAUGCAGACACACACAUGCUGUACCUGGCAGGAAAGGGCGAUGGCAACAUCCGUUACUAUGAGAUCACCACAGAGAAGCCAUACCUGCAGUAUCUCAUGGAGUUCCGCUCCCCUGCCCCACAGAAAGGCCUUGGUAAUAAUAUCAAGCUACUGAGGAUGUUCUUCAGGCAGCAGGAAGAGCUGAGAAAGCUGAAGGAGGAAGUGAACACCAAGGACGUUAAAAUACGCCAGCUGGAGCUGGAACUCAACAACCUGAGGAACGUCAGCCCCGUUGGAAACAAUGUCUGACCUCUGAUCUCUAGCUUAUGGCACCACCAUCACCACUAUGCCACGUCCAGCGUCCUCCCUCCCUUUCAUCGUGUAUCAUUUGUACUUCCUGUUGCAAUUGAUAAUGUAAUAGCCACCGGAUAAUGUAAAUACUGAUUAUAACGUUUGUGUAACAAUUUUUGUUAUCGAUAAUGUCAUCAUAUUGACAUCACUGUUAAAUCCCUCAAUUGAUAACAUAAUAACCAACUGGUAAUGUAUUUUAUUGUUAUAAGAUGUUUUUAAAUUCUGUUGAUAGAUGUAUCCUGAUAUCCGGUUUGGUUUCAUUAUGAUUAGUUAUUACAUCAUCACUCGCAAUACACCCCUCCCCCUAUUGCAGAGCAUCAUCAGUGUAUCCCAGGGGUCCUCACACCCCACCUGCCAUGUCAUGCCAUGCCCCUCUGAGUCCACCUGGCAACGCCUUUGUCAUCACCCAGAAAUGCCACCCCCAAAUCCUCCAACCUCCACCCUGCCAUCGCCAGAGACUAACCUGGGGAAAGAGAUUGACUUCCCCCUUCUCCCCCAAUCCUCCCCCAUGGUCUACCCACUGCAAACCAACUCACAGCAAAGCUGCAACAUCUCAACCUCCACCCUGCCAACGCCAGAGACUAACCUGGAGAAAGAGAUUGACUUCCCCCUUCUCCCCCAAUCCUCCCCCAUGGUCUACCCACUGCAAACCAACUCACAGCAAAGCUGCAACAUCUCAACCUCCACCCUGCCAUCGCCAGAGACUAACCUGGGGAAAGAGAUUGACUUCCCCCUUCUCCCCCAAUCCUCCCCCAUGGUCUACCCACUGCAAACCAACUCACAGCAAAGCUGCAACAUCUCAACCUCCACCCUGCCAUCGCCAGAGACUAACCUGGAGAAAGAGAUUGACUUCCCCUUCUCCCCCAAUCCUCCCCCAUGGUCUACCCACUGCAAACCAACUCACAGCAAAGCUGCAACAUCUCAACCUCCACCCUGCCAUCGCCAGAGACUAACCUGGAGAAAGAGAUUGACUUCCCCCUUCUCCCCCAAUCCUCCCCAUGGUCUACCCACUGCAAACCAACUCACAGCAAAGCUGCAACAUCUCAACCUCCACCCUGCCAUCGCCAGAGACUAACCUGGAGAAAGAGAUUGACUUCCCCCUUCUCCCCCAAUCCUCCCCCAUGGUCUACCCACUGCAAACCAACUCACAGCAAAGCUGCAACAUCUCAACCUCCACCCUGCCAUCGCCAGAGACUAACCUGGAGAAAGAGAUUGACUUCCCCCUUCUCCCCCAAUCCUCCCCCAUGGUCUACCCACUGCAAACCAACUCACAGCAAAGCUGCAACAUCUCAACCUCCCAGUGGAAGAGUCUUCUACUAGUUCCAACUACUGUGGAUGAUGCGUUUUACAGGGACAUGAAUGAAGAUUAGUUUUACAGGGACAUGAAUGAGGAUGAUGAGUUUUACAGGGACAUGAAUGAGGUGUAUUUCAAGACAGUUUUUUUUCUUCAUCUCCUAAGAAUGUGUUGUCUGUAAAAAGCUGCAGCUCUGGCUCAGCCUGGCAUACAGCAACCCAAAUGUAGUCUUAAUGGGCA